AUGGCUCCAACAGUUACGCUAGAAAGAGUCGAAACAUUUUCCGCUGCUCAUCGUUUAAAUACUUCUAAUUUAAGCAAAGAGGAGAAUGCGAAAGUCUUCGGAAAAUGUAAUCACGUUAACGGUCAUGGCCACAAUUAUGUUUGGAAAGUAAAACUUCGUGGACCAGUUGAUAAGACCACUGGAAUGGUGUACGACUUGGCUCUGCUCAAGAAGGAAAUGGCGAUUGUUCUCGAUACAGUGGACCAUCGGAACUUAGAUGUUGACGUUGAGUUUUUCAAGGAAAGAGUAAGCACAUCGGAAAAUGUUGCAGUUUAUCUUUAUGAAAAACUUAAAUCCGUUAUGUCGCAGCCCGAAGUUCUAUACAAACAUUUCGCAUAUUGGAUGACUUCCAAUAUAAAAAGUGAAGAAAGUGCAAAAUGUCUUGAUAGAAGAACACUCGGAAUCUGCCUUCUGCUGAUUGUCAACAUUCUAUGGGUAUUAUCGUCAGAGUUAACCAGAUACAUAUUUGUCGACGAAGAAUUUCGGCGGCCAUUUUUCAGCGUUUAUGUGAAAUCGUGCACAUUAAUAAUAUACAUGGUUAGGUAUCUGAUAUUUGAGGCACAUGAUGAGAAUUCUUACACGACGUUGGUUAAUGAUAAUACCUCAGACACUGAGAGUUUUGAAUUGUCCUGCGAAUCAUUGCAUCUUGAAGGAUUUGAAACUGUCACCGAAGAUUCUGAUAUCGAAUCGUAUUACGAAGGGGAGAAUGGAAAAAGGAAACGAAGAAUUCGAUUUUCAGAUAGAAAAGAGAUUCGUCGAAUGCCUUCCUCAACUGCAGAAGAACAACGAAGGGCGCGUCUACCAUAUCGUCACCCAUCACUAGAGUGUCAUAUACACCAAUUUCCUCGUCAUAUUAAAUAUACAAUAUUCAUUUUUGCGCCAUUGUGGAUGUUAUGCUCCUUUACAUACCAAGUGGCACUAGUCUUUACAUCAGUUUCAAGCUUAAAUCUCAUUUCGAGUUCGUCGUCGGUCUUCGUUUUAGCAUUUGCUAUUUGCUUUCCUAGUUCUCACAAUAGAUUUACGCUUUACAAGUGUCUUUUGGUUGCUAUGAAUAUUGCGGGAGUUCUACUUGUAUCUCACUAUAUGCCCUCUUUGCUCGGCGCUUUUUUUGCCCAGAUAUCAUCUGUUUCGUAUGCCGUUUAUUUAUUUGCUUUUAACAAUUUCGAAGAUCAAUACGGCAAAAUGAAUAUCAACUUAAUGUUUGGUAGUAUUGGAUUGCUUUCGUUAAUCGUUGGAACACCUAUGCUGAACAUUCUUGAUUGGCUGCAAGUCGAAAAGCUUUAUCCUCUUCCAAAUGGGACACAGUUGUCAUCUAUUUUGUUGUCGGCGCUCAUUGGAACACUGAUAGCGGAUUACCUGUGGCUUCUGGCUGCUGGUAUGUGCGACCCUUUAACCGCUUCGUUGUCGCUUACAGUUUCAAUUCCUUUGUCGUUCGCUGCCGAUACAAUUCUUCGAAACAAGCCACCAACUGUAAGCCAACUGAUAGCUUCGAUCCCAAUCAUCUUGGCAUUCAUUGGCGCGGCUUAUUCUCAAAAUCGUGGUCAGAUUACGAUUCGUGGAUCAAACCUAAGAAUUUCAAAAAAUGGUAAUCGGCGUGAGGAUAACGAACAGCUUAUAGACCAAGAUGAUGAGCUUUAA